CAAAAGUCCUCCUUUGUAGGAGGGUUUGGUUAACAUUGCCACUUCUUUUCCCACGCAAUAGUUUCUUCCUUCCACAACAACCCUUCUUCCUUCUCCUCCUUCCAGUGUUGGUGACAGGGCCAACAUUGUAAGAAGAAAGAGAUAGGGGGGAAAUCUGGUGUUCCGGCAUUACGGUGUAUAAGCCAUUUGGCCGGAACACAGAUUUGCAAUGGUGUCGUCCCCUCAUAGCUCUGCUCCUCAUAAUUCCACACCGGAUAACGCCACACCCGAUAACGCCACACCCGACAAUUCCACACCCGAUAACGCCACUCCCGAUAAUGCCACUCCCGAUAAUGCCACACCGGAUAAUUCCCACGCGUCGUCACACAAAAGUUCCACGUCGACGCCUUCUUCAGGGGGAGAUAAUACUGCGUCCAACGAUUUUUCGUUACAAUCGCUAUCACAUGACGGCUCCACAUCCAACAAAGACAGUAGCGGGCGUAAAGCCGCACUCGGUGCUGGGCUCGGAGUAGGCUUCGUUAUUCUCGUGAUUGUCAUCAUAGCUAUUAUUUGGUGCUGCAGGAGGAAGAAACGCAAGCAAAAGUACUAUUCUCAGGAAAAAGGGAAUAACUUCCACAAUAAUGGGCAACAACAGGCUCUUCCUAAUUGGCAACAAGGGGGUGACCAUGUUGUGAGGGUACAACAAGGAGGAAUGGGAAUGGGAAUGGGACAACAAGGAGGAAUGGGAAUGGGAAUGGGACAGCAACAAGGAAUGGGAAUGGGACAGCAACAAGGAAUGGGAAUGGGACAGCAACAAGGAAUGGGAAUGGGACAACAACAAGGAAUGGGAAUGGGAAUGGGUAUGGGAAUGGGAAUGGGAAUGGGAAUGGGAAUGGGUCCUCCUAGCCAAGGUUGGGGUGCAUCAAAUCCUCAAAUGAAUAGUGGUGAUAUGAGUUCCAAUUACUCAUUGGGAAGGCCUUCUUCCUCACCUGGACUUUCUCUCACACUCAAGGGUGGUACCUUCACCUAUGAGGAAUUAGCAGCUGCCACCCAAGGAUUUGCUAAUGAGAACAUCAUAGGACAAGGUGGCUUUGGUUAUGUCCAUAAGGGAGUUUUGCCUAAUGGAAAGGAAGUGGCUGUUAAGAGUCUCAAAUCAGGUAGUGGGCAAGGAGAGCGCGAGUUCCAAGCUGAGAUUGACAUCAUUAGUCGUGUUCAUCAUCGUCAUCUUGUGUCACUUGUUGGAUAUUGCAUUUGUGGAGGCCAGAGAAUGUUGGUUUAUGAUUUUGUUCCCAAUCAAACUUUGGAACAUCACCUUCAUGGAAAGGGCAUGCCUACCAUGGAUUGGCCAACUAGAAUGCGAAUUGCACUUGGAUCUGCCAAGGGGCUUGCCUACCUUCAUGAAGAUUGUAGUCCACGCAUUAUCCACCGUGAUAUUAAAGCUUCUAAUGUCCUUAUUGAUUAUAGCUUUGAAGCAAAGGUGGCUGAUUUUGGAUUGGCUAAGUUGACCACUGAUAAUAAUACACAUGUCUCAACUCGUGUCAUGGGAACAUUCGGGUACCUGGCCCCAGAAUAUGCAUCAAGUGGAAAAUUGACAGAGAAGUCUGACGUUUUCUCCUUUGGGGUCAUGCUAUUGGAACUCAUAACUGGAAAGCGACCUUUGGAUCACACAAAUGCCAUGGACGAAAGCUUAGUGGAUUGGGCUAGACCACUCUUGAAUAAAGGGCUAGAGGAGGAUGGCAACUUUGGAGAGUUAGUGGAUCCAUUUUUGGAAGGCAAGUACAAUACUCAGGAAAUGACAAGAAUGGCAGCAUGCGCUGCUGCAAGCAUUCGUCAUGCUGCCAAAAAGCGUCCAAAAAUGAGUCAGAUUGUAAGAGCACUGGAAGGAGACGCCUCAAUAGAAGACUUGAAAGAUGGAAUGAAGAUUGGAGGGAAUAGUAGUGCUUACACUUCAUCUGGAAGCUCUGAAUAUGAUACGAUGCAAUACAAUGCUGAUAUGAUGAAGUUCAGAAAGGCAAUAAUGGAAAGCCAAGAAUUUGCCGACAGUGGUGAGCUUACCAGCAAGGAGAUGGGUCGUCAUUAGAAACCUCAAGCUGUACAACAACUUUAGAUGGCUGAAUCAAAAUGAUACAAUUCUCAGCUGGCUAUGGAUGACCCUUCUGACAUAACUUUUUGCUAUUCUCAAGCAUGAGGUAGGAAGGUAAAAAAAAAAUAUAAACAAAUUUACUAAUGGGGUUGUUGUUUUUAUCUGUUUCUCUGGUAUGUAUGAGAAGUGAGAUCUCAUAUUAUAGAAAAUUGGGAAGGAAUGAUUUGGUUUUGUGACCCUAUUGGUGUGUUUGAGAUGUGAACGUUACAAGGUGUUAAUUAAUGUAACAUUCUUUUAAUUGUUGAUUUAUGUUGUGACUUGGAUAUAUGUAGUUUGGCACCAUAUCUAUUUUUUAUUUUUAUUUUUUUAUAUUUAGAGUCUGACAUAAAUGUAAAGUCCAUUUAGGUUUAACCAGCAAGAUACUUGUGUUGCCCCGCUUUUAAGUUGGUGGCUAUGCAUGUAGUUGGUUCUUUUAAAAGUGAUAAGAAUCACAAGUCUAUAUUA